ACCAAGAUUAAGACGCUGACCGAAUUGCCCUAAACCUGACUGGAAGAAUUACGGGCAGUCAGUCACCAGUACUCUCUCUCUCCUUCUCUCUCUCGGUCUCUGAACUUUGAUAUUUCUAUAUCUUGGCAUCUCUGUGUUUCAACGAUCACGAUCCGACGGUCCGAAAUGAACGGUGCUUCUUAUUCGAUUUUCUUUCAGUUUUAGAGGCUGAAACUUUCAGAUCUGGUAUCUACGACCUAAGAUCUCUCUCCCUGAAUUAUGGCAUAUAGAAGAGAGGUAUGAGAUCGAACGGUUUGGAAGAUUUGAAGAAAAUAUCCACAGUCAACAACUGAUAUUCUACCUUUCUUUGGUAUUGGUAGGUGUAGGUUACUGUUUUUGUCCACAGAUGGAAACUAAAACUAACUCCGGUUCGAUGGGAGUUCAGCUCGAUUUCGGCGCGAUAAAGUGCGCCGGUGAGGCAUUAGCGGCUUUGCUAGUUUCAGCUUUGCUCAGAAGCCAGCUAUUGGCUCUGGAUUUGUAUGGGUUGUCAUCACCCAUUAACAAAGUUUUUAUCCAAGAUGUUGACGCCCAAUGCAACAGCGAAGCAGCGGACGCUGAGGGGGAUGGCGACAAUGAACAAGAUGGAGAUGAAGACGAUGGUGAUGGUGAUGGUGAUGGUGAUGGUGGAUUCGGAGAAGGUGAAGAGGAAUUGUCAUCAGAAGAUGGAGGUGAUUUUGGCAAAAACUCCAACAGCAACAACAAGAGUAACUCAAAAAAGGAGACCGACGGCGAAACAGGUGGUGGUGGUGCAGAAGAGAAUGGCGAUGAAGAAGACGAUGAUGAAGAAGACGGUGAGGACCAAGAUGAGGAUGAGGACGAUGAGGAGGAAGACGAUGACGAAGAUGACGAUGGUGGAGAUGAGGAUGAGGAAGAUGUAGUGGAGGAAGAGGAAAAUGAGGAAGAGGAAGAAGAGGAUGAAGAUGAGGAAGCACUUCAGCCACCCAAGAAAAGGAAGAAGUGAAAGAAAGCUAGUACAGAGAGAGAAGCCCCAGUGUUUUAGAUUAUUAUAUGUGACUUGUCUAAUUUAAUUAAUGGUCUUAUUUAGCUCAUGGGGGCUUUUUCUAGGAUGCUGUUUAAUUGAUGACUAUUUUCAUUUACAUAAUUCGAGAACCUUAAUAUUACUGUUAAGCAGCGCCAUUCAAAAAUUUGAGAAAAUGUUACGUUCUCGAUUUAGCUA